GCUGCCAAUACGCAGCUCCGGCUCAGGGAUCUUACGUUGAUUCAGAGGAGGCUGACAUGACAGAGCUGUUAUAACGACACUCUCCUGUAUACACCCACCAACACAAGGAAGAGCAAAGUGAGCAACCUGGAAGCACGCGGGGGGAAAAGACUAGCAAUCUGGCAUUUCCUGGAAAGCAGAAUGCAAACUGUCGCUAGCAGCCUGUAUGCGGACUACUAACGAAAGCCCAGCCACUACCGUGUUAGGUGUUGCUGUUGUGGAAAUGCAUAUGUAAUAUCACACAAACUAGGAUUCCUGGAGUUUCAAGGUGAAUAUAGCCAUUUGUUUUGUUGUAAAAUCUGACCUCGGAAAGGCCAGGUAAAGAUUGGGAAGGAGCACUUGAGGAGAUAAGCGUUUGGGUAACCCUCUGUGGGAAGUAUUCUAAACCAAGAAGGAUUUACAAGAAUUUCAAUACAAAGACACCUCAUGGGGGUGGAACUGCUUAAUGAGGGAGGAAAUAACCAGAUGGGAAAGAAACUACAAAGAGCGGAAAAGGCCGAGAAAUCAAGGAACUUUGUGUGCGCGCGUGUGCUAAGUAUAUAUUUAAAUACCGUGUUAACAAAGAGAGUAAAAUAGUUCCCAUUUUUCAGCGUAGUUUCUAUUUUUCUGGCAAAGCCGAAGUGCUUUGUUUUCCUAUUUUGCUCUUGAAUUGCGGAUGUGCCUUUUUUCUUAAAAAAAAACCCCACCACCAAAUGUGACUUAAGUUUGGAAUUAACUGGCUCCUCCCAGAUGUGAAGAGGAUUUAUCAGAAAUUAUGAUCACUUAAACUCUCACAAACCUUGUUUGCUUGCUGGCCCCUGUCAGACCCAGUUCUUUCCUAUCUCCAGGAAGGAGCGGGUGGGAGAAACAUCUGUUUAACUAUUUAUAAAACAUCAUCCCGUCAUUUCUGUGUCCAGCUUCUUAAAUGAUCCAGAAAACGAGGCCUCCGCUACUCCAGUCUCAAGAUGUAGGAGACAAGAUGGAAACACUAAUGAUGCAUCCAGUGCUAAAGGCCUUUGUGUGUGGUUCCAUCAGUGGGACCUGCUCCACCCUUCUCUUCCAGCCCCUAGAUCUGCUUAAAACCCGGCUGCAGACCCUGCAGCCUUCCAUCAAUGGGUCAGGUCAUGUUGGGAUGGUAGCUUUGUUCGUUAGGGUUAUUCGCACUGAAAGUCUCCUAGGGCUCUGGAAAGGGGUCUCACCAUCCUUCGCAAGAUGCAUCCCUGGGGUCGGGAUUUACUUCAGCACCUUGUACAAGAUGAAGCAGUACUUUCUCUCGGACCGCUCCCCCACAGCCCUAGAGUCUGUCUUUCUGGGCAUUAGCUCCCGUACAGUAGCAGGGGUUUGCAUGUUGCCCAUAACCGUGGUGAAGACACGAUAUGAGAGUGGGAAGUAUGGCUAUGAGAGCGUGUAUGGAGCCGUGAGGAAUAUCUAUCGGACAGAAGGGGCCCGGGGCUUGUUCUGUGGGCUGACUGCAACGCUCCUGCGUGAUGCACCCUUUUCCGGCAUCUAUUUGAUGUUCUACACCCAGACCAAAAAAGUUAUACCUCAGGACCAGUUUGAUCCAGCGCUCACCCCCUUAGUGAACUUCAGCUGUGGAAUCUUUGCUGGAAUCCUGGCUUCAUUGGCGACACAGCCUGCUGAUGUAAUCAAAACCCACAUGCAGCUGACACCUGAAAAAUACCGCUGGACGGGGCAGGCCAUUGCCUUAAUCUUCAAGGACUAUGGACUGGUUGGCUUUUUCCGUGGCGGCGUCCCCCGUGCCCUGCGGCGCACUCUGAUGGCAGCGAUGGCAUGGACUUUAUAUGAGCAGAUGAUGGCAAAAAUGGGGCUGAAAUCCUGAAGGGCUUGUAGUGGAGGAGACCAGCCUAAGCCCUUCUCCUGUUCAGCUGGUGAGAUGUGAUUUCCCAGUUCUGCGCGGGUGGAUCUUUGUUCCACCGUGGUAGAGCGAUAACGAUUUCUGAUCCAGAGGACUAGGCUGCAAAACAUGCCCUCUCUGAUACAAAUGCAGGUAGGAGAGAGAAGGUUUUGACCUUGCAUCUUCAGAGUAAAGCAUUCCAGGAGGACCGUAUCAUUCAACUUCCUUGGAAGAUGGGAGGGUUUCAGUGUCCCACGAACUACAUGGUUACGGUAAAGACCGUUGAAAGAAACCCCUUUAGAAUAGUCCUAUGUGCCCUGAGAAGCCUUUGCACAGAAGCUAGCUGAGGCAUUUGGGGAAGAAGUGAUUGGACUUGGACUACAGAACUCUGCAACUUUCUACCGUGGUGGCCUGGGAUCGUAGACUGGGCACACCAUGUGCCAUCUGACACUCGUCCUGUUAUCUGUCACUGUAUUUUGCUUCUGCACCCAUGGGGAAGGCAUAGAGGAGAAUGCUACGAGGGGCACCAUGUAACGAUUUGU